AUGGUUCGCUACGGAGAGACCAGCAUCGACGGCGCAAAGUCUGCCCGCGCUCGCGGCAGCUACCUCCGCGUCUCCUUCAAGAACACGCGCGAGACGGCGCAGGCCAUCAACGGCUGGAAACUCGAGCGCGCUCUCACCUACCUCGGCAAUGUCUUGGAGCACAAGGAGGCCGUUCCCAUGAGGCGGUAUGCCGGUGGCACUGGACGCACUGCGCAGGGCAAGGCUAUGGGCGUCUCCAGGGCCCGCUGGCCUGUCAAGUCCGCCGAGAUCCUUCUCGGACUCCUCAAGAACGCUGAGGCCAACGCCGACACCAAGGGCCUCGACACCAGCAUCUUGGUCGUCAAGCACAUCCAGGUCAACCAGGCUCCUAAGCAGCGAAGGCGCACUUACCGUGCUCACGGUCGUAUCAACCCUUACAUGUCGAACCCCUCCCACAUCGAGCUCAUCCUCGCUGAGGGUGCCGAAGUCGUCAAGAAGUCCAACGAGUCCGCCGAGCGCCGAUUGAACUCCAGGCAGCGUGGCCGUGAGGCCCGCAAGGCCAUCACUGCCAGCGAGUAGACGAGUAGAAGAGAGUGCGACGUUCAAGGAAGAAAACGGUCAUGGCGUGGGCACGGUCUAGGAGUCAAUGAGCGAUGAAUCAUAGGGUCUUUCACACUCGUCAUGUAUUGCAUGAUAUGGGACUUCGAUUUCUCCGGUG